CAAAAGAGCAACAACAAAAGCCUUCGCGAUCUCUCACAAGAGAACAUCGUCGGCUUGCUUUCCUUUCAGCCGACCGAGGUUUGAUCCUCCUCUCGAUCAUUUGUGUCCGAGUUCCCGAGCUAGCGAGAUGUUUCUUCAGUGAUUCUUUGAUCGGCGUGUGAAAUUUUUCAUAUUUUUUUUUGCUCCCUCCUCGAGUCCCAAUCAGAGUGUGUAGGAAGGAAGUCGCAAAGCACCAGUGCAGGCCGUCGCAGGAAUUCCGAAGAAAGCUGUCCUCUUGCGAGUGUAUCUGUUCAUUCUCCGGUGACUGGUGUUAUUUUUAGUUCUGCCGCAGUUUGUCUCGCCAUCAGUAAAGUGCGGCCGGUUGCCAUCGACGGGGCCGAUUUAAUACAGCGCGCACUGGUAGUUACGGCAAAGAAAAUUGUGAACCUGAACGGUUGGGAAUCGGAUCCGAGUGAAGUCAAGUGCGUGUUUUAUUUUUUUCUCUAGACGGCCUGCUGUAGCGGUGUUUCUCAUCUAAGCAGAAGCGGGACUCGAACGACUAGGAACCAUGUCAAAUUUCGCGUGGGUGACGCUAGCGACCAAUGAUUCGUACUCGCUUGGUGCCCUCGUGGUGGCACACUCCCUCAAACGGGUGCAUACGGCGCAUCAGCUAGCCGUACUGAUAACGCCCGGCGUGUCGGAGGCAAUGAAAACCAAACUCCGGGCAGUGUUCAACGUGGUGGAGGAAGUCAACCUGCUUGACUCGAAGGACGAAGCCAACCUGGCACUGCUGAAGCGUCCCGAGCUGGGAAUCACAUUCACUAAGCUCCACUGCUGGCGGUUGGUGCAGUUUGAGAAGUGCGUUUUCCUCGAUGCCGACACGCUGGUACUGCGAAAUUGCGACGAACUGUUCGAGCGGGAAGAACUGUCCGCCGCCCCGGAUGUCGGCUGGCCCGAUUGCUUCAACUCGGGUGUCUACGUGUAUCGGCCUAGUAUGGACACGUUCUCCAGUCUGUUGGAGUUUGCCGUGCAGCAUGGAAGUUUCGAUGGAGGUGAUCAGGGAUUGCUGAACUCGUACUUUAGCGAUUGGGCUACAAAGGACAUCUCGCGACAUUUGCCGUUCGUGUACAACACGUCAUCGGUUGCUUCCUACUCGUACCUUCCAGCAUUUAAGCAGUUCGGCCAAAAUACGAAAAUCUUGCACUUCAUUGGAACGGCCAAACCAUGGCUGCAGAAUUUCAACUCGGAAACUCGUACAGUGCACACCCCAGGUGGCUUCCAGCAUCUAGCUAACUUCCUGCAGUACUGGUGGGAUAUCUUCUGCGAAGAUAUCCAUUCACGUCUUAGUUCGGAAAUGUCUGACCUUUUAAGGAUUGAUCUCGUAGAUGUAAGUAAACAGCAACAAGUUUUCAGGCGCUGGAUUAAACCAGGCAAGGUUAGUAGUAGCUCGUAUCGUUCCACCGGGACUGACAACUUCAGCACUCAUGGGCACUCGAACGGUGGUGGUGGUGGCUUUGAUGUGAAUGGUAAUUCUAACCCGUAUUAUCAACAAUAUCGGGAUGAGUUUGUAGUGACCUACGAUAUAUCAACCGAGUACGUUGACCCGUGGGAAGAAUACCUGCUGAAGCAGGAGCAAGAACGCGAACAAAGAGCGCGGCAACAGCAGAAACUCGAAGAGGAAAGGUUAUAUUACCAGUAUCUGGACAAUCAACGGUUGCAAGAACAGCAACAACGCAAUCAUGAGCUGUGGUUGCAGCAGCAACAGCAACACCAACAACCACAACAACAGCAUGAUCAUGCACAUCACCAAGAUCACACUCAUCAGCAUCAUCAUGAGCACCACGAUCACUACCACGAUGCUAAUGUUUUUCAGAGCACAGAACAGUGGGUUGAACAUGUGAAUAAACAUGAUCAAGGGGGUCACUGGGAACCGGGCCCAUUGGAGAGUGGGCAGGUGGAGGCUGGCGGAGGUGACGGUGCCGUUGAUCACUCCCAUGAACAUCAAUGUCAGCAUCAUCAUCAACAACAGCAGCCGCCGCAAGAGUACCACCAUCAUUCGAUUCCGCAAGAGGUCUCUACUAGUGGGGGUGCAGCUGCUAGUGUUGAUGUGCAGCAUGAACAUGGUGGCGGUGGUGGUGAACAUCAUCAUCAACAACAACAACAUCAACAACAAGAAUAUCAGCACGAUCAAUCGACAGAGCAUGGUAACGGGAGUGGCCUUGCUGGAGCACUGUCGCAGCUACACCUCGGCGAACCCAAGUCCGUCGAGCAGGAAGCGUACGAAGAGCACAUGCGCCGUCAGUGCUGGGAACAGGGCAAUAUUGACUAUAUGGGGCGGGAUUCGUUCGAAAAUAUCUGGCGUCGCAUCCAGCAGACUCUAGGAAUGCUUCCUGAUCAGACAGCAGCGGCAUCCGAACCCGAACCGGCACCGGUACCAACAGCAUCGGUAUCGGUCCCCGUCAGCCCAUCUCCCCAUAGACGCCGCUCGUCCAAAUCCCGGUCCCGUUCUGCCACACCGAAGCGGGAUCCGCGGGAUCGCUCGCCAACUCCGCCGCCGGAGGACAAAGUACCUGUCGAGAAGAAGGAAGUUCUAAUUGAGGCGACCAUCCAUGAAGAAGACGAUGGCUUAGACGCUACAUCACUAAAUGAGCGUAGCGUCAGGUGCUCCAAAUUGCCCCCACCGGUUCAGUACGAUCCCACGACCCGAGCGACUACACUGACCAAGAAAGUAUUUGCAGGUUAUCAACAGGUCAUCACCACAAAGAGUCCGGAAGGUAAGACUCGCACCCAAACCAAGACUGUCUACGAUCCUAGCGUAGAUGACGACGAACCAGGUUCCGACGCGGUCGAUGCUCCGAUACGCGUAGCUACGGCUACAGUGGUUCAAAGCGAACCCCGCCUGAUUGAAGUACAAGAACCUGCAAUCGUGCCGGUUAAACUACUCGAUCCAGUAAUCGAGCCGCUUAAACCGGUAGAGCUGAAACCAGAAGCAGUAUCGGUUCCUGAACAAGAAGCCAAAUCUGCUCCUCCUCCACUUCGUGCAGAACGAAAACCCUCUCCACCUCGACGGUCUCAGAAACCUCAGAUGCAGCAAGUGGCUCAGGAAUCGAUGGCAGGUAAAGAACCUAACGUCGAACCGCCCAAAACUGUUCGACGUAAACGAUUAACAUCACCACCAGCUUCCCCACAAACUCCGUCACCUAAAACAGUUCAGCCACCACCUUCGCCAAAGACGGCCACCGUUACGCCAAAAACUCCAUCAGUCAAAAAACCAUCAUCAUCUACCAAAUCAAAGCAAUCCGCUGCUACUACUACUACUACUCCUAAAUCUACGACAAAUCACACGAGUCCGUCAAAGUCAGCAUCAUCUACCACCACAAACGCAACCAUCCGUCAAUCACUACCAACAGCGCUGUCCAAAAACCACCAGAAAAUACCGAAGACUCUCGAAGAGCUGGAGGCCGUUCCUCUUACAGCCAGCGACGAACUGCCGGCGGUGCCACCUCGACGUAAACGGGAAAGUAAAGUUGCCCGCAUAGCCAAAUUCUUCCGCACCUAUUGCACGAUAUUGUGAGAUGGUAGCACACCAAAAAAAAAAAAAAACAAACUCUUAAACAGAUAUGAGACCCAAACAUGUGCCGAAUCCGAAAAGUGCCUGUUUUAUUUUAUAUUGCUAUAAAUAUGCAUUUUACUACUAAUGUCGCUGUACAAAUCCGAGUUUGAAUAUUCUGUAUGGAGAGAUUGUUGUGGCGUGGAAUGAUAAUUAUUAUCGCUAUUAUUAUUAUUAUUGUUAUUGGUUUGUAAUAAAAUAUUGUUUAUUUUUUUCCCUGUU